AUGGGUUCCUCCGAUAAUUCGUCGACGAAGAAUGCGCCAACGGCCCCUUCCCUUCCGGCGGAAUUCUCGACAACACCGCACGUUGUCGACUUGAGCGCGGUGCCGAUUUUCAACGGGGAGCACUUCUCCUCGUGGCGCUUCAAGCUCAAGGUGUAUAUGAUGGAGCGCGACUUGUGGGGUUUUUUCGAUGGGUCGGCAUCGAAGCCCACGUCGGACGCUUCAACCGCGGAGAAGGAAGCGUGGGUGCGAAAGGACAAAAAGGCGUUUGCCUUUCUUGUCUCCAAGCUAAGCCUCCAACUCGUCCCGAUCCAAGCUUCAAGCGCGCCUCGACUUCUUCACGGUGCGGAUGAGGGACGGCGAGUCAACUGCGUGGAGGAGCUUGGCGAGCGCUUGGUGGAACUCGACGCGAGCGUGGAAGAUAACGAUUGGAUCAUGACGCUCCUCGCGGGCCUCGGUGAAGCGUGGUCAACCGUGAUCACGAUGUUGGAUGGGACGCAAGACACGUGGAAGAAGGAGCAAGUGGUGGCACGCCUCAUCAACGAAGAGGCGAGGCGCACGAAAUUGCAUGGCGAUGCAAUUGGCGCGGCACACUUCUCCCGCGAUGCGAAGGCGAAAGGGACGAGUCACUUCAAGCGGCGCAACGACGGCAACAACCGCGGGAGCUCGAGCGGGAGCGCGGCGGCCUCAAGCUCAUCACGUGGAGGACCGGCCAACGCUAAUCGAGCUCGGACGCGCGACGGCGCUUGUCGUUUUUGCAAGAAGACCGGACAUUGGUGGCGCGAAUGUCCCGUGAAGCCGGCGAAUUGGAAGCCGUCUUCAAGUGACGACAACCGGCGCGCGCAUGUGGCGACAUGCGACAACAACGACCGGGAGUUCGUCUUCGUCGCAAGUGGAACGACCGUCGGUGGUGUGGACGCGUGGAUACUCGAUACGGGUGCUACUCAACACAUGACGGCGUGUGCGACGCUUCUCAACAACGUGACAACGGAGGCUCCCGUUAAGCGCGUGAUGUUCGGCAACCGUGACACGUUGGACGUCACGGGACAAGGCGACUUGCGGCUCAUGGUGGACGGCGGUCCACUCACCAUCAAGAAUGUCUUGGUGGUUCCCGGGCUCGGCGCCAACCUCCUCUCCGUUUCUCAACUCACACGCAAAGGGAUGCGUGUGAAUAUCGAAAGGACCAUGAUGGCGUUGAGCGCGGCGGAUGGCGUACACAUCGGCACGGCACGCCAAACGGGAGGACUCUUCAUGCUUGACGCUCUCCCUAGCGUGGCAUCGGCACAAGCGGCUACCUCGGCAACCUCACUCUCAACAUGGCAUAAUCGGCUUGGCCACCUCCACCGUGCGGCUAUUCAAGCUAUGGCAACGAAGGGGAUUGUUCAAGGCUUGGAGUUUGUGCGCUCGGGUGGGGACGACGAGAAGUGUGUCGAGGCGGUUACGUUGGCAACUUGGAUUCGCAACCGGUGCGUGACCAAGGCGUUGCCCAACAAGACGCCUCUUGAGGCUUGGAGCGGUACGAAGCCGGACGUCACCGACCUUCGCACGUUUGGGUGUACGUGCUACUACCAUGUCCCGGAUGCUACACGGACCAAGCUUGAGGCGAAGGCGCGGGUGGCGAUGUACUUGGGUCCAAGCGCGGAUCACAAGGGGUGGCGCGUGUGGGACUUGGAGCACGGGAAACUCGUGGUGUCGCGCGACGUGGUGUUCUACGAAGACACCUUCCCCUCCAAGUCUACGAACGUGCCCUCGGUCAUCAUCGUCCCUCCACCCUUGGAUGCCGCGGAUGAGGCGGAUGAAGCUCCUACGGCUCCUCCUCCUAGUGCGAGUGAGGGGGAGAAUGGAUCGGGUGCGGUUGGAGUGAGUGUUGAUGAAGGAAAUGCCAAGGAAUGUGACCCUUCGUCUCCUCCUCCUCGUAUCACUCCCACCCUCGCAUCCACUCGCACUCGAAGGAACCCUCAUCCCAACUCCAAGCUCGUAGACUACUCUCUCGUGGCGGGGGACGAUGAGGGAGGGGGAGACGCUAUGUGUCUUGAGGCGUACACCGACACCCCGUCCACCUACCACGGCGCCAUGAGCUCGGCGGAAGCGGCGGAAUGGGAACGUGCGCUUCAAGAAGAGUAUGACUCACUCAUGGCGAACGACGUCUACGAGCUUACCCUUGUAGCGGACGUGAAGGCGAAGCUUGCCGCGGAAUCUCCAUGCGUGACCUCGGCGCCGUCUCCCAGUACCUAG